GCGCGGCUCCGCUAGCUCAGCUCAGCUCAGCUCAGCGCGGCGCAGCUCGGCAGCCGCCAAGCCGAGACCCGCACGGUCUCCCGGUUGCCGGCGCCGGCUCCGAGCUCCCGCUCCCCGCCCGGGCUCCGCCAGGUCUCGCUUCUCCGGGGACCCCUUCGGGCAGGCGUCGCGUGGCGAGGGCCAGCGGCAGCGGCACAAAGUUGAGCGCCCGCGAGGAUGAGGCUGUCCCCAGCGCCCCUGAGGCUGAGUCGGAGUCCAGCGCUGCUGGCCCUGGCGCUGCCCCUGGCCGCGGCGCUGGCCUUCUCCGACGAGACCCUGGACAAAGUGCCCAAGUCGGAGGGCUACUGCAGCCGCAUCCUGCGCGCCCAGGGCACGCGGCGCGAGGGCUACACCGAGUUCAGCCUCCGCGUGGAGGGCGACCCCGACUUCUACAAGCCGGGAACCAGCUACCGUGUAACGCUUUCAGCUGCCCCUCCCUCCUACUUCAGAGGAUUCACCUUAAUUGCCCUCAAAGAGAACAGAGAGGGUGAUAAGGAAGAAGACCACGCUGGGACCUUCCAGAUCAUAGAUGAAGAAGAAACACAGUUUAUGAGUAACUGCCCCGUCGCGGUCACUGAAAGCACCCCACGGAGGAGGACACGGAUCCAGGUGUUCUGGAUAGCGCCACCAGCAGGAACAGGCUGUGUGAUUCUCAAGGCCAGCAUCGUACAGAAACGCAUCAUUUAUUUCCAAGAUGAGGGCUCUCUGACCAAGAAACUUUGUGAACAAGAUUCCAUGUUUGACGGGGUGACUGACAAACCAAUCUUAGACUGCUGUGCCUGUGGAACUGCCAAGUACAGACUCACAUUUUAUGGGAAUUGGUCCGAGAAGACGCACCCAAAGGAUUACCCUCGUCGGGCCAAUCACUGGUCUGCAAUCAUUGGUGGAUCCCACUCCAAGAAUUACGUGCUGUGGGAGUACGGAGGCUAUGCGAGCGAAGGUGUCAAGCAAGUUGCAGAAUUGGGCUCACCCGUGAAAAUGGAGGAAGAAAUUCGGCAACAG